AAGACCUUGGGUUGUAAUUUGGUGAAGGGAUGACAUUAAUUUCUAAUCAACAUAAGGGUUUAGUAGAGUUUGUCAAGGAGAAGUUACCAUUAGUUAAGCAUAGGCAGUGUGCCAGACAUGAGUAUGCCAACUUUAAAAAGGUUUACAAUGGGAUUGAUUACAAGAGACAUUUUUGGGCAGCUUCAAUGGCAACCAUAAAGUCAUAUUUUAUUGGGACAAUGGAUGAACUCAAAGAAAUGAAUGGGAGUGCUUAUGACCACCUCAUGGCAAGGAACCUAGAAAGUUGGAGUAGGGCAUUUUUUAGUGAGGGUAGAGCAUGUAAAGCAGUAAAAAAUGGUAUAUCAGAGAGCUUCAAUUACAUAAUUCGGGAGGCAAGGACUAAACCACUUCAUACUAUGUUGGAGAAGAUCGGAAUGUAUGUUAUGGAGAGGUUUUGUAGGAUGUCUACAAAACACUUAACAUUUAGGGAAGAUGGGAAAACAAAGGCAUCUCAAUAUGUUAAAGGGGUGCAUGAAGGUAUCCACAUGGACAAUAAAGAUGAAGGGAUGCAAGAUGUUAUGUUGGUCGAAGAUUUCAAGGGUGAUAAACAUGAUAGACAGUUGCUUGCAUCAAGAUACUCAUAG